GACAAACGCAAUAAUGUUCCUCGAACUUAUACUUAGUCUAGCCAUCAUAAUAUUAGGCUAUAUUUACUGGAACGGUAAAUAUAACGAGAGAUAUUGGACAAAACGUGGUGUGCGAUUUUACAAGAAGAACAAAGUACUUGGAGUGUUUUGGGAUUUCAUAACGAAGGAUAAGUCUUUAACUGAGCACCUACACGACAUUUAUAAGCAAUACCCUAACGAACCUGCCGUUGGAUUUGGCACUCUGCUCACUCCAUCGUUGUAUGUCAGAGAUAUUACAAAUAUACAAUAUGUGUUAACGACAAACUUCAACGCCUUCAGUCAUAGAGGAAUUGAACCCAAUGAAAGUGAUAUUUUGGCAAAUAACAUUCUAUUCAUGAAUGGGAAGAAAUGGCAGCUGAUGAGGAAGAGUAUGACACCUUUAUUUACUUCAACGAAGCUAAAAAGCAUGUUUUACAUAAUGGAAAAAAGUGCACAAGAUUUCAUCUAUUACUUAAAAGAUAAUCCAGAUUUAAAAAAAGGGAAUACAUUUAAGAAUCUCGCAACAUUUUGCAGCGCGGCUAUUUGCGGUGCUGUAUUCGGCGUCACAACAGAAUCAAUAUUUAAUUCUCCUUUCUUGACAAUGUCGCAAAAAGCGUUUGAGCAAACUUUUGUGCGAAAUAUUCAGUUCGCUAUUGCCAACCUGAGUAUACCUCUGUUUAAAUUAUUGAAUAUAAAUCUAUUCAAAGAUUAUGAACCGUUCUUUAUUAGUGCAAUAAAACAAACUCUCCGUCAACGAGAACGUGAGAAUGUGAAAAAACACGAUUUCGCAGAUAUGUGUGUAUCAUUACAAAGUAAAGGAACGUUAAAAGACCCUGAAACAGGAGUUGAAUUGGAGCCCACUGACGAAGUUCUUGCAGCUCAAGCGUUUUUCUUCUUCUUAGCAGGCGUUGAGCCAACAGCAUCUGCGAUGUUCGUAACAUUGGUAGAGUUAGGAAAACACCCAGAAGCACUACAGCGCCUGCAUAAAGAAAUCGACGAGGCAUUUGAAAAGAAUGAUAAUAAAUUGACGUUCGAUGUAGUCGUUGGUAUGGAGUACUUGGAAAUGGCUAUGUCUGAAGCUAUGCGACUUCAUCCACCUCUAGGUUUUUUAACUAGAAUGAGCGUUGAAGAUACUGUCUUGCCCGUUGGUAAUAUUAAAGUGGCGAAGGGAACUAAAAUAUUCACACCGAUUUUCGAAAUCCAUCAUGACCCGAAAUAUUACCCAGAUCCGGAAAUGUUUAAGCCAGAGAGGUUUUCACGGGAAAAUCAAAAAUCAUCUUCUGAUAUAUUAUACCAGCCUUUUGGAAAAGGAAAUAGAAUUUGUAUUGGACAGAGAUACGCGCAGUUACAAGCUAAGACUGGCUUGAUAUAUUUAUUAAGAAAUUUCACUAUUAAAACAAACAUUUCAAAAGAAGGUAUGAAAUACAAAAAAGAACAAGUUAACAUUAGAUUAGCUAACGUGGAUGUAGAAUUUGUGAGGACAAACGCAAUAAUGUUCCUCGAACUUAUACUUAGUCUAGCCAUCAUAAUAUUAGGCUAUAUUUACUGGAACGGUAAAUAUAACGAGAGAUAUUGGACAAAACGUGGUGUGCGAUUCUACAAGAAGAACAAAGUACUUGGAGUGUUUUGGGAUUUCAUAACGAAGGAUAAGUCUUUAACUGAGCACCUACACGACAUUUAUAAGCAAUACCCUAACGAACCUGCCGUUGGAUUUGGCACUCUGCUCACUCCAUCGUUGUAUGUCAGAGAUAUUACAAACAUACAAUAUGUAUUAACGACAAACUUCAACGCCUUCAGUCAUAGAGGAAUUGAACCCAAUGAAAGUGAUAUUUUGGCAAAUAACAUUCUAUUCAUGAAUGGGAAGAAAUGGCAGCUGAUGAGAAAGAGUAUGACACCUUUAUUUACUUCAACGAAGCUAAAAAGCAUGUUUUACAUAAUGGAAAAAAGUGCACAAGAUUUCAUCUAUUACUUAAAAGAGAAUCCAGAUUUAAAAAAAGGGAAUACAUUUAAGAAUCUCGCAACAUUUUGCAGCGCGGCUAUUUGCGGUGCUGUAUUCGGCGUCACAACAGAAUCAAUAUUUAAUUCUCCUUUCUUGACAAUGUCGCAAAAAGCGUUUGAGCAAACUUUUGUGCGAAAUAUUCAGUUCGCUAUUGCCAACCUGAGUAUACCUCUGUUUAAAUUAUUGAAUAUAAAUCUAUUCAAAGAUUAUGAACCAUUCUUUAUUAGUGCAAUAAAACAAACUCUCCGUCAACGAGAACGUGAGAAUGUGAAAAAACACGAUUUCGCAGAUAUGUGUGUAUCAUUACAAAGUAAAGGAACGUUAAAAGACCCUGAAACAGGAGUUGAAUUGGAGCCCACUGACGAAGUUCUUGCAGCUCAAGCGUUUUUCUUCUUCUUAGCAGGCGUUGAGCCAACAGCAUCUGCGAUGUUCGUAACAUUGGUAGAGUUAGGAAGACACCCAGAAGCACUACAGCGCCUGCAUAAAGAAAUCGACGAGGCAUUUGAAAAGAAUGAUAAUAAAUUGACGUUCGAUGUAGUCGUUGGUAUGGAGUACUUGGAAAUGGCUAUGUCUGAAGCUAUGCGACUUCAUCCACCUCUAGGUUUUUUAACUAGAAUGAGCGUUGAAGAUACUGUCUUGCCCGUUGGUAAUAUUAAAGUGGCGAAGGGAACUAAAAUAUUCACACCGAUUUUCGAAAUCCAUCAUGACCCGAAAUAUUACCCAGAUCCGGAAAUGUUUAAGCCAGAGAGAUUUUCACGGGAAAAUCAAAAAUCAUCUUCUGAUAUAUUAUACCAGCCUUUUGGAAAAGGAAAUAGAAUUUGUAUUGGACAGAGAUACGCGCAAUUACAAGCUAAGACUGGCUUGAUAUAUUUAUUAAGAAAUUUCACUAUUAAAACAAACAUUUCAAAAGAAGGUAUGAAAUACAAAAAAGAACAAGUUAACAUUAGAUUAGCUAACGUGGAUGUAGAAUUUGUGUCAAGGACCUAAACAUAGUUCAUAUUAUCGGGUGUAUUUUAAAAAUUAAGACAUACUUUUAAUAAU